UGGUGCCGGUUUAUCAGCCCUGUGUUCUUCCCCCAUAGACACACCACUGUUUUCGCUGUCUCUACCGGGGAACGCCAAUUUGUGAUCUCCUCUCUCCUUUUCCAGUGAAUCCCAGCGACCGGUCCUGUGCUCGGUGUCAAAGAUGGCUCGGACAGCUGUGGUUGUCGUCCUGUUCUCGGCCGUGCUGUCCGGUGUGCUCGCCGGGGUGUUUUUUAAUCAGAAGCAGCCCUGCUACGUCCGCUCACCGAGGAGGAACGACUUCGGACUGAAGACGGCCCCUCGUCCUCAUGAGUAUUUGAACGUUUCUGAUCUGCCCAAAUCCUGGGACUGGAGGAACAUCAAUGGCACCAACUACGUGAGCACGACCCGCAACCAGCACAUUCCCCAGUACUGUGGCUCAUGCUGGGCCCAUGGCAGCACCAGUGCCAUGGCAGAUCGCAUCAACAUUAAGAGGAAUGGAGCCUGGCCUUCCGCCUAUCUCUCUGUCCAGCAUGUAAUUGACUGUGGCGAUGCAGGCACUUGCCAUGGAGGCGAUCACAGCGGAGUUUGGGAGUACGCCAACAAACACGGCAUCCCAGAUGAGACCUGCAAUAACUACCAGGCUAAAGACCAGAAGUGCAAACCCUUCAACGAAUGUGGCACCUGCACCACCUUUGGAGUGUGCAACAUUGUAAAGAACUACACCCUGUGGAAAGUGGGAGAUUUUGGACCCGUCAGCGGAAGGGAGAAGAUGAUGGCAGAGAUCUAUGCUAGAGGACCAAUCAGCUGUGGGAUCAUGGCCACAGACAAGCUGGAUGCGUAUACCGGAGGUCUCUACUCUGAGUAUCAGGAGGAGCCCUUCAUCAACCACAUCGUGUCUGUGGCUGGAUGGGGAGUGGAGAACGGAGUUGAAUUCUGGAUUGUACGCAACUCAUGGGGAGAGCCAUGGGGUGAGAAGGGCUGGCUGAGGAUCGUGACCAGCUCCUACAAAGGAGGAAGUGGUAGCACAUACAACCUGGCGUUGGAGGAGGACUGUAUGUUCGGAGACCCAAUCGUCCCCAAGGACUACAUGUAGACGAAACCACUGCACGCACCCAAAUGUCUUCCUGUCUCUGCAAGAGGAAAACUUUAUAUGCAAAAUGCUGAAAAGGGAAUAAGAUCUUUUUUUUUUAUAUAGAGUUCUUUGAAAUCAUGUUUUGUUCUUUUAAUCAGGAGGUCACAUUCAGUGCCAAGGUCUUCCUGCUGGAUGUCAGACCAGCUUGAAUGGAUGCAUAUUUUUCUUGUUUUUACCAGCGAGGUCUGCAGGCUGUUAAACUUAAAAAGUGAGUUGCCGAAAUGAGACACAUCAGUACUUAUUUAUGUGAUCUAUCAAAAUUCAAGCACUGCAUGUUGAGUAGCCAUUAUACCAUUUAUAAUAUAUGCAGGAAAUGCUUCAGUUUACAUCAUCAGGAAGACAUAGAGAGCUAUGUAUAGUUUUUUGAUUUUUCAAUGCAUACUGACUCAGCCAAAGAACAAAGUGUUUAUAUUUUGUCCUGCACUGUUAUGACACUGAAUGUUUUCAGUGUGUGGUGUUCUCAUUCAGAGGAUUUUUGCACUACACCCUGAUAUAGGAUCUGUUCACUCAAGUGGGGAAAAACUAAAUCUACUUUAAGUGUGCCUUACAUGAAUUUGCAGUCAGCUAUGGAUUUACUGUAUGUGACUUGUUUUUUCACCCUGAACAAUCUACACAUCAAAUUCUGCAAAAAUUGCCACCUCGGUUUUGUUUCAAACUUUGCAAAUAAACACUUAGAACUGAUGCUACACACAAAA